AUGUGGCCACAUGGAACAGGAGGCUCGGGUGCCCUGCUGGCUUCGCCACCGACUUUAAGAGGGUCAGUGAACAAUUUUCUGAUGACUGGUCCAAAGGCUUACCUGAUCUACUCCAGCAGCGUGGCUGCGGGCGCCCAGAGCGGCAUUGAAGAAUGUAAAUACCAGUUUGCCUGGGACCGCUGGAACUGCCCCGAGAGAGCCCUGCAGCUGUCCAGCCACGGUGGCCUUCGCAGUGCUAAUCGGGAGACAGCAUUUGUUCAUGCCAUCAGUUCUGCUGGGGUCAUGUACACUCUCACUAGGAACUGCAGCCUUGGGGAUUUUGACAACUGUGGCUGUGAUGACUCCCGAAACGGGCAACUGGGCGGUCAAGGGUGGCUGUGGGGAGGCUGCAGUGACAACGUGGGCUUUGGAGAGGCAAUAUCCAAGCAGUUCGUCGAUGCCCUGGAGACAGGACAGGAUGCUCGGGCAGCCAUGAACUUGCACAACAACGAGGCCGGCCGCAAGGCGGUGAAGGGCACCAUGAAACGCACGUGUAAGUGCCACGGCGUGUCAGGCAGCUGCACCACGCAGACCUGCUGGCUGCAGCUGCCUGAGUUCCGCGAGGUGGGCGCGCACCUGAAGGAGAAGUACCACGCCGCUCUCAAGGUGGACCUGCUGCAAGGCGCUGGCAACAGCGCGGCGGGACGCGGCGCCAUCGCCGACACCUUUCGCUCCAUCUCCACGCGGGAGCUGGUGCACUUGGAGGACUCCCCAGACUACUGCUUGGAGAACAAAACGCUAGGGCUGCUGGGCACCGAAGGCCGAGAGUGCCUGCGGCGCGGGCGGUCCCUGGGCCGCUGGGAGCGGCGCAGCUGCCGCCGGCUCUGCGGGGACUGCGGGCUGGCGGUGGAGGAGCGCCGCGCCGAGACCGUGUCCAGCUGCAACUGCAAGUUCCACUGGUGCUGCNUGCAGGGGGGCGCACGCCUCGCCGCGAAUCUUCUAGGCAACUACUACGUCACGGAGUCCUGGGCACAGGAUCGGCUAGAAACCCUCCAAGCCCAAUUAGAGACGGCUGUCGAGGCGGCUCUGCCCCACCUGCUCAGCGACCUUUCCUCCACCUGCUCUUUUCCAGGCGGUCAAGGGUGGCUGUGGGGAGGCUGCAGUGACAACGUGGGCUUUGGAGAGGCAAUAUCCAAGCAGUUCGUCGAUGCCCUGGAGACAGGACAGGAUGCUCGGGCAGCCAUGAACUUGCACAACAACGAGGCCGGCCGCAAGGCGGUGAAGGGCACCAUGAAACGCACGUGUAAGUGCCACGGCGUGUCAGGCAGCUGCACCACGCAGACCUGCUGGCUGCAGCUGCCUGAGUUCCGCGAGGUGGGCGCGCACCUGAAGGAGAAGUACCACGCCGCUCUCAAGGUGGACCUGCUGCAAGGCGCUGGCAACAGCGCGGCGGGACGCGGCGCCAUCGCCGACACCUUUCGCUCCAUCUCCACGCGGGAGCUGGUGCACUUGGAGGACUCCCCAGACUACUGCUUGGAGAACAAAACGCUAGGGCUGCUGGGCACCGAAGGCCGAGAGUGCCUGCGGCGCGGGCGGUCCCUGGGCCGCUGGGAGCGGCGCAGCUGCCGCCGGCUCUGCGGGGACUGCGGGCUGGCGGUGGAGGAGCGCCGCGCCGAGACCGUGUCCAGCUGCAACUGCAAGUUCCACUGGUGCUGCGCCGUCCGCUGCGAGCAGUGCCGUCGGCGAGUCACCAAGUACUUCUGCAGCCGCGCGGAGCGGCCGCGGGGGGGCGCCGCGCACAAACCCGCCAGAAAAUCCUAA